ACUGAAGCGGUUACAGAGAGACAGUUAGUGGGGAAGAAGCUGAAUGUGUGUGGGUGGCAAUAUAUAAGUAUUGGCGAAGCAGUUUUGCGGAGGCAUAAAGACUAAAAAUGAGUGUUGAAGAAGAAGUUUUGAGAAUUCAAAAGACACUUAAUAAAAUGACUUCUGGAGAUGGCACUGGCCAGGAGCAAGCUUUAGACUUACUAAAAGUCUUACAGAAAUUGCCAGUGAACUUGGAGGUUUUGACAAAGACAAGGAUUGGUAUGACUGUUAAUGCCCUCCGAAAGUCUAGUACAGAUGAGGAAGUGAUAAGUCUUUCAAAGACUUUGAUAAAAAACUGGAAGAAGUUUCUAUCAGGAUCCAGUACACCAAACAGUAAAGAUUCGGGAAACAGUUCCAAAAAAACAAAAGAGAAAGAUGAGAAACCUAAGGAGACUGAAAACAAGGAAAAAGAAAAGGAGAAGAAGCCUGUUCCAACGACAUUCCCUCCUGUGUCUUCAAAUACAACUGAUGCAGUUCGUCUAAAGUGUCGGGAAUUGCUCGCUGUGGCAAUUAGAGGGGAUGGUGAAAUACCUGAGGGAUGUGCAACUCCAGAAGAACUGGCCGAGGAACUAGAAGAAGCAGUCUUUCACGAGUUUCGCAACACUGAUAUGCGAUAUAAAAACAGGAUACGUAGCAGAGUUGCAAAUCUAAAAGAUGUAAAAAAUCCUGGCCUCAGGAUGAAUUUCCUUGUGGGGGUCAUAUCUGCCAAUAAAUUAGCUGUAAUGACAGCAGAGGAAAUGGCAAGUGAUGAGAUGAAGAGCUUAAGGAACAAGUUCUUGAAGGAGUCUAUCAAUGAUGCCCAGCUGGCUACUGUCCAGGGAACAAAGACAGACUUGUUGAAAUGUGGCAAGUGCAAGAAGAGGAAUUGUACAUAUAACCAGGUUCAGACAAGGAGUGCUGAUGAACCUAUGACAACAUUUGUGAUGUGUAAUGAAUGUGGAAACAGGUGGAAAUUUUGUUAAAAGAUCUCUCACAGUAAAACUACUUGAAAUGUUCGCAUGUUAAUUGCCCACGAAUGUUAGAGACCUAUAACUUGAAGCUAAAAUGUGUGUUCAUUAUCCUUCAGUAUGUUAAUGUCUCCAUUUUAUUGCUUACAUGAUAAGACUUAAACAGUGUAAGAUGAUUGUACAAAUUUAACUUCAUUUGGGGUUGUGUGGUGCUAGAUUCACAUGACACAUUCAUGAUACUGAUCAAAACUGUCCAGAAUCAAUAUAAAUUAUAAACAAAUAUUCCACCAGUGAUUGAUAUUCACUUGUCAUCAGGUCGUACAUCAGUUGCAUAAAUGUUUCACAGUGGUGUGUAAGCUAUCGGAAGAAUUCUAUAAACUUGUAAUUGUAUAAAAAAGAAUUCCAAAUAUGAUACAUGUUUGCAGCAUCAGGUUGCUUUUUGUUUUCAUAAGUCGCCGUAUAAGUAAUGCAGUGAUGAGAUUGGGUAGCUUCAUAAACAAUUCUGCACUCGUUUAAAUGUAAUGAAGAAUGUGAUUCUUGUAGACCAAGACACUGUAGGGUUAAUGAAUACUGAUGACAUGCAGUAAGACAGGUUUACUGUACACUUUCACAUUUAUUAUUUGCUUUUCCGAUUUUUUGUUUUGUUUUUGACGUUUGGUGGCAACUUAAUAAUCUUCCAUUUCAUUCCUCCACCCUCCUCCCUCUCUCCCACCCUUCCUCACUCGCUCGCUCCCUCCCUCCCUCCCUCCCCAUUCAGCAUUAUUCUUCUUGAAAAGUAAAAGUAAAAUUCUGGGAAUUUAUGCUUCUACUUUUCCUUUCAAACAGUUGUUCUCAUUUCUGUAGCUGGUAUUUCUAUACCAGGUAGAGCUUUGUCUAUAAUCUUUUGUGUGUGUUUUGAGUGAAUAUUAAUGUUAUAAAGUCAUUACAUUUAUUGUAGUAACAAUAAAUUAAGAUAAAUCUGUUGAAAUUUGAGAUCCUUGGAGGUCUUGGUGCUACAGUAGGCGUGCACCAGUUUGUGGUCUUGGAUACAUUUUGAUCAGAAAUCAUGGUUUUGAUGUAAAUACAAAUGUUGCUUUUUUGUGUACUCAUUGAUGACAAUUAUGUUUUAAUAAAAAUUUUUACAUACAUUGUUUUAAUCCCAA